AUGGCCGACGAUUCCCAGCACGAGCACGUUUUUGAGGAGACUGACUCCGGAGCCGCCCUCACCUACCCCAUGCAGUGCUCUGCUCUGCGCAAAGGCGGGUUUGUUGUCAUGAAGGGCCGCCCCUGCAAGAUUAUUGAUAUGUCGACCUCCAAGACCGGCAAGCACGGACACGCCAAGGUCAACUACUCUGGUGUCGAUCUCUUCAACGCAAAGAAGUACGAGGAUCUGUCGCCCUCGACCCACAACAUUGACGUUCCCCACGUUCACCGUAGCGAGUGGACCCUCAUCAACAUCGAUGACGGUUUCCUUUCCCUUAUGGCCGAUGACGGUGAGAUGAAGGAGGAUGUUGUGCUUCCUGAGGGCGAGCUCGGCGAGACCUUGGAGGCUAGGUUUAACGAGGGUGCUGAGAUCCUUGUCACCGUUCUCAGAUCGAUGGGCAUUGAGGCCGCCAUCUCCUUCAAGGAUGCCCCCAGGGGCGAAAAUGGCAACCAGUAA